UAAUACUAAAGUGUAUAAUCGUUUUGACAAACGAUUCUUGGCUAGUUCUAUCCGUAUCUAUCCUCUGACAUGGGACAACAAGCCAGAUAUGAGGUUUGACCUGCUUGGUGACAAUGUCCAAGGGGGCUCCACAGAUAUGGAUAUAUACAACGAGGGUGCAUACCCGACGCAUGGCAUCAUUGCACUGGUAGACAACCAAAUCGAUACAUGCAUGGCAGUACCGACCAAAGGACAAAACCCAGAUUUCAUACAUUUCAGCUUAGAGGACGACAGCAUCGACUUUGGUUCUGACACCGACUUUCUCGUAAUCGUAAAAGGGACAUUGGAUUGUUCCAAGAAGGAGGAGGUGGCAGUUUAUGGCCCUGAUCCCGCUGAAUCUGCUGCCACCAACCUCAUGGAGGGAAAGUUCCAACAAUGUAAGGUUUACGCCGAUGAUGCUACAUCCUGUACAUUCAAGUGCAAGUGUAACCCAUGUGGAAAGAUUGGCGUUGGAAUCUUCAAUGUCAAACCAAACAUCACGUGGAAGAUAUGUGACAUUGCUAUUCAUAAGAAUAUUGAAUAAUCAUGACAGGUAGACCCGUUGUGUCGAUGUCAUAAAUUAUAUAUCGACGACCGCUGCAUACAAUUUAAGUGGUAUGAGACUUUGUUGAUAUCAAUUUGGGUAUUAAAUUAUUGAAAAACAAUUCUGCAAAAUUGAU